CCCGCCGACAGGAACCACAGAGGUUCUCGAUCCAGUUUUCCAAGCUUAAGGAAAUGGCCGCGCCGACCCUGCUGGCGCUCGCCCUCGCCGUCCUCCUCCCCCCGGCGGCGGCGGCGGCGGUGGGGCCGCCGCCGGGGCGCGCCCCGCCGGGCGCCAGCCCGCUCGUGACCACGUGCAACGAGGGCCCCUUCCCGGCGCACUGCGUCAAGGAGCUGGGCCCGCGCCUCCUCGACAUCCAGACCGCGCUGGCGUCGGUCUCGCCGCGGGGCGCGCUCAUCGCCGGCGCGCCGGGGACGGUGGACUUCUCCGCGCUCGUCGCCGUGGCCAUGGAGGCGGCCACGGAGGCCGGCGCGGUGGCGACCACCAUCUUCGAGGGCAAGGUCCCCGGGUUCAACACCUCCGUGCCGGACUUCAAGGUCUGCCUCAGCAACUGCAGCGUCACCAUGAAAUCCGCCAUGAAGAAGAUCCACGGCGCCACGGCCGCCUUGAAGGUCCACGCCCACCUGGUCGCCAAGGUGCUCGCCGACCGGGCCAUCGCCGACGUGUCGGCCUGCUCGAUCAGCUGCAGGAACCUCACCGGCGACGUCAGGCUCAUCCUCGAGGCCAGCCUCGUGGAGUUCCAGAAGAUGAUCAGGAUCGCCGUCAACUUCCUCACCAAGAUCGCGGCCAAGACUCCGCCCGGCCCUCUCCCUCCCCUCGCUCCCCCGUUGCGCCGCCCCUAGAUCGCCCGCAUGCCACGAGCAAUUCGGCUCAGUAACAAUGGAUAAAAGCUCAAUAACGUGGGAUUCCUGUUGAUCCUCAGUUUAGUUUUUCAUAGUUUCUUUCGUGUUUUGUUUAGUUUUUCAUAGUUUAUUAGUUUCAUGUUUUGUUUCCUUCUUUUGGUACGGAUCCUCUUCAUUUUGACUGUAGUCGUUAAAUGUUGGAAAUAAAAUGGAAUCCCAUUAGUUGGUUUA